UUGUUUUUCGUCAGGCGCCGGCGGUUGCUUAAACCCUAAACCCUGAGGAACACUCUCCUGUUUCCCGAUUCAAGAUAAUCGCAACAAUGGCGCGAGUGAUUCGAUCGUUGAGAAAAUCCCUUCAGUUUUCUUCGUAUUCUUCUUCUUCUUCUCACAAAACUCUAAUUUCGCAAGUGCGACGACAAAAUCUCAUCGCAUUCCGACCGGAAAACCCCUGCGUUUACUCCAACACACUGCGCCAUUACAUAUCUGACAUGCGUAGAUCCGCCUUCGAGGGCAACAUUCUCAGACUUCUUCGUAACGAAAUCCGAUAUGAACUCGAACGGUCUCCUCCCAACCAGGCUGUCACAAAAUUUGGCGCGUUUACAGUUGAUGAAAGGCUGGGCGAGCAGUGGAUCAGAUUGGAAAGAAAGUAUGCGGAGAAUGAAAAUAUAAAGAUUGAAGUGACCAUGUUUGAUCGAUCUAUUCCAGCUCCAAAAUCAGGAGGCAGUAGUGGUACUGUGGAGGAUGUGCUUCUUCACAUUACUGUUAUCGUCAACAUAACCAAAGGAGACAGCAGUGAUGUUUUGGAGAUCAUGUGCUCGGCUUGGCCAGAUAGUCUUGAAAUUGACAGGUUUUUCUUACGUCGAGGUGAAAAGAUGCCAGCUCAGCCCUAUGCUGGCCCUGAAUUCAAGGAAUUGGAUGAUGACUUGCAAAACUCACUCUAUGAAUAUCUUGAAGCAAGGGGGGUGGACGAUGAGCUUGCUGUUUUCUUGCAUAAAUAUAUGAACAACAAAGACAAAACUGAGUUCAUUAGAUGGAUGGAAACCGUAAAAUCAUUCAUUGAAAUUAAUUGAAAUUUUUUAUUCUGAAGUUUUUCCAGAUCAUAAUAGUUGUCUGCUGUUGGCGCUACUGGAUAUCUAUUUCUGGUAUGUAAUAUUGAUCCUAAUGUAAUGUAAUAGUAGACCAUCCAGUAUACGAGGUAUUUUACACAAAAAUAAAGGGGAUGAAGUUGGUGCGUA